AUGGAAAGAUUUCUCGGUAAAUGGGGACCUCUGGUGGUGGUAGAGGGUCUGGUGGUGCACCAGGCAGGGGUGAACCUCCAGAGAAUCGUCCCUGCGCUCCAGACUGUGAGCAUCCAUCUGGACCUUUACUUCAGCAUUGUGCAUCCUGAAGUCACCUUCACCAUCUCCAGCAUCAGGAAGUUCAUCACCAGCCACUUUGUCCUGCAGAGACGCUGGGAUAUGAUGCCUGAAGCGUGGAAGGACAGGCCCAUGCUGCAGCUCCGAGGUCAGAUGAUCUGGAUGCCCUCUCUGCACUGCAUGUUCUAUCAAGCUUCUCCUCUGCUGAGAAGCCUUCAGGAGCUGGAGGAGGGGGACAUGCACCUGUCUGACAUCGCACCGCAUGACAUCACCCGCGACCUCAUCCUGCUCAAUCAGCAGCGGCUGGCUGAACUGGAGCUGUCCAAUCAGCUGGAGCUCCGCUUCCUGUCUCAGCACCUGGAGGAGGAGAGGAAGAAGACAGACAACUUGCUGUAUGCCAUGCUGCCCAAGCAUGUAGCCAACCAGCUAAAGGAGGGCAAGACUGUGGAAGCAGGAGAAUUUAAAGAGUGCACCAUACUGUUCAGUGACGUGGUUAUGUUCACUAACAUCUGCUCCCUGUGUGAACCCAUCCAAAUUGUCCUCAUGCUGAACUCCAUGUACCUGCGAUUCGACCGGCUCAUGACUGUGCACAAUGUUUACAAGGUUGAGACCAUAGGGGACGCCUAUAUGGUGGUAGGUGGGGUGCCCAUACCUGUCUCCACGCAUGCUGAGAGGGUGGCCAACUUUGCCCUGGGCAUGAUUUUGGCCACUAGGGAGGUCAUUAGCCCUGUGACAGGAGGACCCAUUCAGAUCCGAGUGGGUCUCCACAGUGGUCCUGUGCUGGCAGGUGUUGUCGGGGAGAAGAUGCCUCGCUACUGUCUAUUCGGAGACACAAUCAACACUGCAUCUCGCAUGGAGAGUCACGGCCUCCCCGACAAGAUCCAUUUGAGCCCAACCGUCUACCAGGCUUUGAAGAAUAAAAGCUUUGUCAUCCAGAAGCGAGGGGAGAUCGAGGUGAAGGGGAAGGGCAGAAUGACCACUUACUUUCUUGAGAGGAACGGGGGGGGGGGGGGGCAGCAGAUUAUGGGUGUUUCAGAUCUACAGACUGGGGCCAGACAGCAGGAUGGUCAGAUGAGCUGCCAGCCAGGUCUCCACAGACCAGCUUCCCAGAGGCAGCGCAGGGAUGACCUCUGCUUGAUCCCCAUGAAAUAUGGAGACAGCCUGAGCAAAUCCCUGCCCUCCUCACAUACAUCUGAUCCCCAGACCGGCCCAGCCAUGAAGCCCCGGGACUCAGAGAGCUACGGAAGCCUGCACACUGAUGAUCAAUCAGGGGGUGGAGCUCCGGACACAGAGGAUCACCAGUGCCGUGGAAACCAACAAUCAAAGCAAACACACGGGAACCAGGUUCUGUGUGGUCCUAAACGACACCCCAGGCUGGGAGAGGAGUCCGGACAUCUGAUCCUCGCCGCAGAGGGCCCCGUGUCUCAUCACCGCUGA